AUGAAGCCAUCUCUCGAAGAGUGCUUUGUUAUGUACAAGGCGGUCUUUUUAAUUAAUUGUACAUAACGUUAAGCAAUAUAAAGUAUAAAAUAUUUAAACGGCAAGCUUAAUAUAGUUAAAAGAUAUUACUUGAAGCUGACAAAGUGUGAAGUGUUGUUGUGUUUGUACCUCUGAAGCAAGGAUUGUCAAGAGAAAAUAAAAUAAAAGGACUGAUAAAAUUAUAACAUAAAAAUGUGGGAUAAAAUUAUUUACUUUUGCAUAAUAAUUUUGACUACGUACGUUAUAAAACAAUUAAUUUCUGAGACUCCGAACUAUGUUAAGUUUCAGUCAAAAUUUCUUAUUUUUUAUAUUACAACUUCACUAUUUGCAAUAUUUAUUAUGCCGUUUUUCGUAUUCAAUCCCAAAAAUGUAAAGAAUUCCUUAUUUGCAUCGCAAAUAAUAAAGCAUGUGACGAAAAUCAUAGAAAUCAAGUGGCAUUUGAGAAACGGAAAAAUAUUAGCUGAAGAUCGAGGAGCCGUGGUUAUAUCUAACCAUCAGUCAUCUUUAGACAUUCUUGGGAUGUUCAACAUUUGGCAUGUUGUUGUGAAAAUAGCAGCGGUUGCCAGAAAAGAGCUGUUCUACAUCUGGCCAUUCGGAUUAGCAGCUUAUCUCGCGGGAGUUGUCUUCAUCGAUCGAAAUAACUCAAAGGAUGCUUAUAAAACAUUAAAAGCAACAUCUGACGUAAUGAUAAAGAAUAAGACAAAGAUAUGGAUAUUUCCAGAAGGAACAAGAAAUAAAGAUUUUACGAAACUGCUACCAUUUAAAAAAGGAGCAUUUAACAUAGCUGUGGCGGCUCAAGUACCGAUUAUACCAGUAGUGUUCUCACCAUACUACUUUAUCAACAGGAAAAAAUAUAUAUUCAAUAAAGGCCACGCGAUCAUCCAGUGCCUAGAGCCGAUAUCCACGAAAGGUUUGACGAUGGAGGAUGUUCCGGAGCUGAUUGAAAAGGUCCGAAGCAUCAUGACCAUAGCAUACCAGGAGCUCUCCAAAGAGGUGCUGAGCGCCCUCCCCGCCAACUACCCUCUAGCCACGCAGGAUUGAUAGCCAUUUGGUAAUACUUUUGUCCUAUUACCGUACGAAAAUUGAGCAUUAAGCUGCGCGUCCACCUGGUCGGAAUCGGUGCGGACGGAGCGUCGUCGUUUAUAAUUUGUCAGGCGCAGAAAUGACGUACCAGUGCACGCGGUACCAUAGAAAUCGAUACAAAGCAACAACCGUCUGCUGCGUACGCUCCGAUUCCGAUCCGGUGGACGCGCACCUUUAGGGGCGAUUGUUACUAGCGCAGAGUUAGCCCUAUGUUAACAAAUUCACCCUUUUGUUAACAUCGUGAUGAACUUAUUUCUAUGGAUAAAAAGUUUUAGGAGGAUUAAAUGUGACAUUCGAUUCCUGGGUAUAUUUCAUAGAAAUAUUAAGCUGUCCGGCCUGUCUGCCACACCAAAGCCGCCGG